GAUUAUGCGGGCAAAAGGAGCCUGAGGCGGGUGUCGCUGAGGGAAGGCUCUCGCCGGUUCGGGCGCCAGGGGCGGGAGAAGGCGCUUGAGAGCGCUGAGGGAAGGUUCCCUCUCGCCUCUCACCUCCUCGGCAGAGGGGCUCUUCGGGUCUUCGUCCUCCGUCGGGUUGGAUUCCCGGGUGCUUCCUCUCAGCGCCGUCCGCCAGGCACCAGGUGAGGAAGGGCUGCAGCCCAGUCGCGCCUCCUGAGGGGGAGAGGCGAAAGUUUGACAAAGCGCGCACCUCACUUUUUUGGGGGGGGGGGGGCGGCUUCGCGCGCGUUUGUGUCUGCUCAACCCCAUUUCGCCCGUGCUGGGAGGCUCACUUUGCAGCGAGUCCGGCUGGAAGUCGGCGGCGCUUGGCUCUGACUUGCGCCCCUGCGAUGGAGCCGCUCAGUUCCACAGGUAACGAUUGGAUGGCGCGCUAACAAACGCAUCUGGAUUUCUGUAGGCAUAUAGAGAGGCAGGGGCGUAACCGGGGGUGGGGUGGGGGGUUGCAGCUGCCCCAUGCCAAAUCAAGUAAAUAAAUAAAAAGGCUUAACUAGUGGAAAGAUUUUGACAGGUUUUUUUUUUCUGAGCACCUGGGGUCAAAAGAAAGUACAGUGGUACCUCGGGUUACAUACGCUUCAGGUUGCAGACUCCGCUAACCCAGAAAUAGUGCUUCAGGUUAAGAACGUUGCUUCAGGAUGAGAACAGAAAUCGCGCGGCAGCAGCGCGGCAGCAGCGGGAGGCCCCAUUAGCUAAAGAGGUGCUUCAGCUUAAGAACAGUUUUAGGUUAAGAACUGACCUCCAGAAUGAAUUAAGUUCUUAACCUGAGGUACCACUGUAAUUUGAAACAACUGUUGUUGAGACAUUCCGAAUCUGCUAGACCGAGGAUGAUUGACAGGUGGGUGUCCUGCCCCCCCAUAAAUCCUGACUACACCCAUGUAUAGAGGGUGUUUCUGGCUGCAACUGCCCCCCCCCCCUGCUUUGAGGCAUGUAAGUGGGUAUUGCAUACCAGCUGGGGGGAAAUGAUGUCUUUUUCCUUACUUUCCCCAACAGGUUGUUUUAAACACUGCUAGAGUUCAAAACGCCCACCAUCUGUUCCAAGGACAUUUUAAUGUCUAGCAAUGUGUGUGCAAAUAUACAGUGGUACCUCGGGUUAAGUACUUAAUUCGUUCCAGAGGUCCGUUCUUAACCUGAAACUGUUCUUAACCUGAAGCACCACUUCAGCUAAUGGGGCCUCCUGCUGCUGCUGCUGCUGCCGCGCCGCUGGAGCACGAUUUCUGUACUCACCCUGAAGCAAAGUUCUUAACCCAAGGUACUAUUUCUGGGUUAGCGGAGUCUGUAACCUGAAGCGUAUGUAACCUGGAGCGUAUGUAACCCGAGGUACCACUGUACAGGCUAUACACCCCAUGCCUUGACUCUCUUCUCACCAUUCCUGAGGGGCAAGUUUGAAAGAUGGGGAAUUUAGCCAGAAGUAGAGUUUACCUGAAGUUCCUUAAUGGGAAUUAUGGCAAAAUUCUGAAGUCAUGAUUCACAGACCAAAGCUCAUUAUCAUCCAACAUCCACAAUAUUGCACCAGUGCUCUCUUAACUUUGAUAAGAGCUAGUAUUUGGUAUUUGAAAUAAACAUACUGUAGUUUAGUUCUUUCUUGAAUCUUCAAUAAAAAAAUGGAUAAAUAUAUCUUCAGCUUCUAUGAAACUAAAAUGUGUUUUUUGUUCAUUUGGUGGAAAGCGAUAAAUCUGUAGGUACUGUUAAUUCUUGAGUUCAGUAAUUGCAAAUCUAAAAUGGGGCUUUUUGAUAGGAUUUAAAUCAUGGCUGUUCCCCUGUAAAUAGGUGCUUAGCUCCAAUAGCGUUUUUGUAAAGCUAUUUAUAGGAAUCUCCCAGAUCAGCUCAUGCUGCCAUGAGAAUGUUGCAAGGUAGAAAUUAUUUGUCAUGUUGUCGGGAAAAACUGCUCUCUAUUACAUACUCUCAAAAUAUUAUCUGGAUUGAAAAUCUGUCAUUUUUAAAGGAAAAUCCAAUGGUAAAACAAUGCAUUGAAACGCUGAUGGGACCGUACUGGCUUGAUCUGUUUUUUUGUUUUUUUAAGAAUGCUUUUUAGUGCAGCGGCAACCAACAUGGUGUCUUCCAGAUGUUGUUAGACUACAGGUCCCACCAUCCCUAUUGACAAAGUAUGAACACAAAAUACAUAAUAAAGCAGAAACAAACCAAUAACUCCUUCUCCCACAAACACGUUUAAAAGGCCACAGAAUGUUAAUCAGCCAACAUCUUGGUUAUAAAGAAAUGUUUUCACCUGGCACCUAAGGAUAUAUAAUGAAGGCGCCAGGUGAGCCUUCUUGAGGAGAGCAUUCCACAAACAGGGAGCCACUGCAGAAAAGGCCCCUUCUCAUGUUGCCACCCUCUGGACUUCUCAUGGAGGAGGCAUCAAAUGAUUAUUGCAGUGUCUGGAUUGGUUCCUAUGGGGAGAGGCGGUACUUGAAAUAAAGUGGUCCCAAGCUGUUUAAGUUCUCAUUGGUAAAAACAAGCACUUUGAAUUGUGCCCGAAAACCAAUUGGCAGCCAGUGCAGUUGGGCCAGGAUCCGUGUGAUAUCCUCAAACUGUCUUGUCCUAGUGAGCAGCCUGGCUGCCGAAUUCUGCACCAGCUGAAAUUGCCAAGCUCUCUUCAGAGGUGGCCUUGUGUAUAAUGUGUUGCAGUAAUCUAACCUAGAGGUUACCAGAGCAUAGAGGUUGGGUUUCAGCACCAUCAUCCUCAAGCAGCAUGGCCAAUGGUCAGCAUUGGGAGUUGUAGUUUUAACAACACCUGGAGGGCCACAGGUUCCCCAGCCCUGGGCUUUCUAGAUGGUACUGGAAUGGCAUGGGUAGUGGCUCGCAUGUUUCCAUAGGAGCAAAUGAAUCAGCCCUCUGAAGGAUGCCAUUUGGGAGAUGUGAUGGUACUGAUCCCAGGCAUUCAUUCUUCACCCCAGGAGGUGAUCAGAAGUAUUAAAGCUGUCAGCAGCAUCUUGUGUUUGCUGCUUGCGUGCAGGGAUAUACCGUACAUGGACAGCCUGUCUCUGGGUUUACUGAUCUUUGGAUACUUACUUAGUUAAAACUUUUUUAUCCCACUGUUCAGCCAAAGAAAAUCUCCCAGAGUAGUUCACAAAUAUCAGUAAUAGGACAGCUGCCACCUUCAGAUUUGUAGCCAAAGACAUGACACAAAAGGAAAAGGGAUUAGGAGGGAAGAAGGAGCAAAAGCAACAUUGAGCACUAGUUCUUUGCUUCAGAGUUCUUGUAAUCACGAGCUGGAGUAGAAAUUUCUAGAAAAUUAUGACAAUCACGUUUAUGAGCUGAGCCAAUGGAGAGGCGUUGUACAGGCAACAACUGGUUUGCAUGGGGGUUAUGUUCCUGAUCCCCGUGUGUGUAAGCCUAUCCCGCCCCCUUUUCCUGCCACUUCUGGGUUGCAGCAGUGCGUGUGCACACUCAUCAAUUGGUCAUUGCCUGCCGUCUCUUCACUCUCUCUUUCUGUGCUAUAGUUUGAGGGAAUGAUUUCUCCAUUAGCUAUGUAUUUAAAUAAUUUGCAUGCAUUUAACAAUAUAUAUUCCAAAAUAACAAUAAAAACUAUGUUGCAUUUUUUUUAAAAAAAGGAGGUCAAAGUGUAGCUUUUUUAAAAGUUUCAGUCUGAGAUAAGGAGUUUUACUGGUUUCAAAGCUUUUUUGGACAGGUAUAAAUACCUAACAUUGAUUAUGUCCAAGGUGCAUUGAAAAAUCAUAUCACUUUUCUGCAGUAAAUUUGCCACUGCCUUCAUACAUAUUCUUGCAAGGUAUGAUAGUACUGGGAGAGACAUAAGAUUCCUGGGAAGUAGGCUAGAACCAGCAGGCCUUAUCAUCCUCUGAAAAUAUAGGAUGCAAAUGUGUUUAACAAUAGCUUAGUGGAUCUUUUGCUAAGCAACUUGGAAGCUGUGCUGUUUAAGCAGAGAAGCAUGAGUUCUUGUUUAAACCUUUCCCUCCCUGACAUUUUCCUACUCCAUUUUUCUACUGUUCCAACUGUUUUUAUCCCAGUAGGUUUCCAGAUAUGUGCAAGGAUGAGGGUGCACCUGGAACCUUGAAAGAGGGAAAUAUAGCCACAGGGAGGGUUCUGGAGAGUAGCAAAGCGGAUGCAGAAAGGGAAUAAAUACAUAUCUAUACAUAACUACAGCUUUCCCACUCAAAAUCACAAUGACCAAAGCUGCUUUUCUGAAGCCAAAAUAAGUACAUUGGAUCAUUUCCAUGUAUUGUGUUGUUUGUCCCUUAGCUGAAGGAAUUCCAAGUCACUAUAUAUUGUGGCAUUGCUGUAGUCCCAUCCUUUGUGUUGGUAGACUAUGUGGGUAGUUGAUCCGUGGCUCCAAGGGCUAUAAGCUUCAAUGGAGUGCAUUGCUGGAAUUCUUCUCAGACCAUCAUAUCCCAUGGACUUGGGGGGGAUAAGCUGAUUUAAUUUCAUUGACUGCCAAGGGAUUACAUCAGUUUAAACUGGAAUACUUUGGCAUAAGUGGGUCAUGGAAAGGUCUGAAGAUAAUUCCGAACACUUCUGAGAAUGCUUUGCUUCACAUUUAAGAUCUAAUUGAUGUGUAUGUAGUUAAGCUAUCUAGAAAAGGGAAUUUUGAUUUUGACAUGUUGGGCAUAAAUCACGGAACACAAGAAACUGCCUUAGUCAGGCUAUUGGUCCAUCUAACUCAGUGUUGUCUACACUGUUUGAAAGAGUUAUUAAUGAUAAAGUGAUUUCCAAAAUGUACAAAUCGUUAUUAGAAUGGGAAAUGAAAGAAAAGUAGGUGAAGUCGGUGAUGAUUCACUGGGCAAGAGAUAUAAGCCAUAAUACUGAAAUGGCCGCAUGGGAGAAGUUGUGGAAUGUAGACCUAAAAUUUACAGCAUGUUAUACACUGAAAGGCAACUGCAUGAAAAUGAUGUAUGGUUGGUAUUUAACUCCUAGUAGAUUGGCAAAAAUGUAUAAAUCAAAAUCAAACACAUGCUGGAAAUGUAAAGAAAAAGAAGGUACUUUCUAUCAUAUGUGGUGGUCUUGUAAGAGAGUAAAAGCUUUUUGGGAAAUGAUUUAUAACAAUUUGAAGAAAAUGUUUACGGUAACUUUUAAUAAAAAAACAGAAGCUUUCCUUCUGAGGAUCAUAGAUACUGAGAUACCAUAAGACCAAAUAAUAAUAAUAAUAAAAUGUUUAUGUAUGCUACAACUGCAGUUAGAAUGGUUUUUGCCCAGAGCUGGAAAGAAGAUGUAGUACCAACCAAGGAAGAGUGGCUAAUUAAAUUAAUGAUUAUGCCAAAAUGGCAAGGUCAACGUGUGUAAUAAGAAACCAAGAAGAAGAAGAAAAUUAUUAAAGAUUGGGAGAAAUUUGUGGAAUGUUUGAAAAACUCAUGUAUGCAAACAAGCAGUUAAAUAUAUUAUUAAGAGAAAAUAAAGACUAAAUGUAGAAAAUGGAAUAUGAAAAUUAAAACUAAAAAGAAACCACAAAAGGAGGGGAGGGAAGUCAAAUAUAUGUGUAUUAGAAAUGUAUGUGAUUUGUGUUUUGUAUGUUUGCAAAUAUUUGAAAAACUGAAAAAUAAUUAAUUUUUUUAAAAAAGUGUUGUCUACACUGACUGACAGUGGCUUUCCAGAGGAAUGGAGAUGCCAGGGAUUGAACCUAGGACUUAGAGCAAGCAAAGCAGAUGUUAUAUCACUGAGCUAUGGCUCUUAUAUUAGAACUACUUUAACAAUAUCCUUUAUUAAAAGGGCACAUAAGUGGAGACUCUUCUUAAUUUAUGACCAGCAUGACAGACAAACUCUUUAAAGUUUGCAAAAAGGUAGUGGUGAAGGGUGCCUAGCCUUGCUGCUGGGAGGAAGUGGGAAAGUGCUGGAUUCGUCAUUUCUCAUUUAUUUCACACAAAGUGCCAAUCCCAGAUUACAUGUUAUCCUGCAGUGUACCUUUGAUAGUUCACACCAUGCAUGGUAUCCCAGGUUGGAAAUGGGGAGGGUGCCCCCCCCCCAUAAUUUAUGGUUCUAUGCCAAAAAAGAUGAGGUGGUUGUUUUUUUAAAAAAGCUCUAGAACUGCAGAGUCAAAAAGAGCACUGUUAUGCCGCUCUGUGGUUUCCCAGAAGCACUUUAUUGUGCAAUGCCAUAUUGUGAGCUGAAGUGCAUGUUAUGAACAUCAUGCAGAGUGUGCUGCUUGGUGACACUCGUCAUAGCAUGUUUGAAAAGGACAGCUAGUGUGGUGCCUUCCAGAUGUUGCUGGCCUAAAACUCCCAUCACCACGGUCUAUUGGCGAACAUCUGGACUGCACAACAGUGGCUACUCCUACUGUGGCAUUGGUUGUGAUGUCAUUCUAGCACCUGGUAUAGAAAAUUACCUCUUCAGUGUUGACUGCUUUUUGGAAGUGGUUGCAUUGGUGGUAAACUCUCCAAGCUAGUUGCCAAAAUGAUGUGAUAUAGGAGGUCUUUGCAUUAUAGCUGUGAUGAUGCUAUCCCACGGAAGCUGUUGUCAGCAAUCUGAGCAUGAUGAUUUGCUGUGCUGAGAAUGAGCUCCUGUUUGGUUGUCUUGACGAAAAGAUACCGGUAACAUGUGCUGUUUCCCAAGCAGAAGUUGGUCCAGUAGAAAAGAUCACCUCCUUAAUAAUGUUAUUAAGUGGAGUGCAGUGGAGACAUGCUCUGUGUGAAGAGGUCUUAGCUGUUCAGCUCUUACAAGCAAUUUAAAAAAAUGGUUGCAACAAUAUUCACCAUGUAGAGGUAUGUUAAGUCAGGUACUUCAAAGUCAGCUGUUGUUUGAGAUUAAAAAUUCAAGUUAAAACCAUGCUUCUGAUAAAAAGGAGCUGGGGUUUGCUUAAUAUAUAUCUCCUCAUGAGUAUUAUCAUUAAAUAGUUCUGAAAAAAACUAAGUAACUCUCAUUAUAAAGAAGCCUGGACAAGUGGUGUACACAGUAGUCAAAAUACAAUAUGAUAUUUUCCACUAACAGUAGAGAUACAAAUGACACCCCCCCCCCAAAAAAAAGAACAGGAGGAUUUGAGAGCUAAAUUUGGAUCCUUGACUCACCACUUUGUAACUAUGGAUUCCAAUUAGAAUAAGUGAGGAUUACAACUGGAUGAGUCAAUAGUGUAUCUUUAGGUUUAACUCCAUAAUCCCUGGUACUGGAAGCAUCACCCCAGAUCCUUCAGAUUAUAUCAAAACAGCAUUUUGUGAUGCAAUUAAUCUUAACAUCUGUCUUUGGAUUUCUGCUACAGCAAAAGAAUUGUGAAGUCAGUUUUGGGAAGGGCUAUAACUGAAUGGGCAGUGCAGACUCUUUGCAUGCAUAAGGUUCCAGGUUAAAUCCUUAGCAACCCCUGGUAGGGCUGGGAAGGACUCUUGUUGGAGUGCUGGAGACUCUUGCCUGUAACACUGAAAAGCAGAUACUGGUAAUUUAGAACUAGAUGAACCAACUUGGGCAGCUUCCUUUGUUCCUAGCUUUUCCUUUAACCACUCUCCUGUUAUCUAUAUCUUAGCAUGUUUCAAGUGUUUAAAUCAUGCCAUAAUCAGUAAUCUACAAUAGUUCUGUGUGGUGUAUCAGUAAUAUUAUCUCCUUAUUGUAGGUGGGGGAAUGGGGACCGAGAGAAUUGUGGCAUCUUGUGAGUUAAUUGCUGAGAUGAGAAACACAAUUUUGUGUUUCUGACUUGAAAUUUUUGUUUCUAUGUAGCACAAGCUUGCACAUAUAGGUAUCUGUUUUUGACAUUCCAGUCAGCUUGCACUUAAAGGAAACAUUGGUUUAUAAUUAUAAAAGUGCUGGGUGAGAUCCCAUGGACAGUAAUACUAAAAGGAAAGGGAGUUCAUGAUGGCUGGGAGUUUGUUAAGAGGGAGAUACUAAAAGCACAACAUCAGGCAAUACCAAUGAGACAGAAACAUGGAAGGUGCCUAAAGAAGCCAGGGUGGCUAUCUAAAGAACUUUUAACUGAGUUAAGAUUAAAAAAAGGAUGUGUACAAAAAAUGGAAAAGGGGAAACCACCAAAGAGGAAUUCAAACAAAUAGCCAGCACGUGUAGACACAAAGUCAGAAAAGCUAAAGCACAGAAUGAACUCAGGCUUGCUAGAGAGGUUAAAAGCAACAAAAAAGGCUUUUAUGGGUAUGUCCGUAGCAAAAGGAAGAACAAAGAAACAGUGGGGUCACUCAGAGGAGAAGAUGGUGAAAUGCAAACAGGGGACACAGAAAGAGCUGAACUCCUCAAUGCCUUCUUUGCCUCAAUCUUCUCCGAUAAAGAAAACAAUGCCCGACCUGAAGAAUUUGGAGCAAAUGAUUCAGCAAAGGAAACACAGCCCAGAAUAACUAAGGAGAUAGUACAAGAAUACUUGGCUAGUUUAGAUGUAUUCAAGUCUCCAGGGCCAGAUGAACUGCAUCCAAGAGUAUUAAAAGAACUGGCAGAUGUGAUCUCAGAACCACUGGCAGUCAUCUUUGAGAAUUCCUGGAGAACAGGCGAAGUCCCGGCAGACUGGAGGAGGGCAAAUGUUGUCCCUAUUUUCAAAAAGGGGAAAAGAGAGGACCCAAAUAAUUACCGCCCAGUCAGUCUGACAUCAAUACCAGGGAAGAUUCUGGAGCAGAUCAUUAAGCAAACAGUCUGUGAGCACCUAGAAAGGAAUGCUGUGAUCACCAAUAGUCAGCAUGGAUUUCUGAAAAAUAAGUCAUGUCAGACUAACCUGAUCUCGUUUUUGACAGAAUUACAAGCCUGGUAGAUGAAGGGAACGCAGUGGAUGUAGCCUACCUUGAUUUCAGCAAGGCAUUUGACAAGGUGCCUCAUGAUAUUCUUGUAAAGAAGCUGGUAAAAUGCGGUCUUGACUAUGCUACCACUCAGUGGAUUUGUAACUGGCUGACUGACCGAACCCAAAGGGUGCUCAUCAAUGGUUCCUCUUCAUCCUGGAGAAGAGUGACUAGUGGGGUGCCACAGGGUUCUGUCUUGGGCCCGGUCUUAUUCAACAUCUUUAUCAACGACUUGGAUGAUGGACUCAAGGGCAUCCUGAUCAAAUUUGCAGAUGACACCAAAUUGGGAGGGGUGGCUAACACCCCAGAGGACAGGAUCACACUUCAAAAUGACCUUGACAGAUUAGAGAACUGGGCCAAAACAAACAAGAUGAAUUUUAACAGGGAGAAAUGUAAAGUAUUGCACUUGGGCAAAAAAAAUGAGAGGCACAAAUACAAGAUGGGGGACACCUGGCUUGAGAGCAGUACAUGUGAAAAGGAUCUAGGAAUCUUGGUUGACCACAAACUUGACAUGAGCCAACAGUGUGACGCGGCAGCUAAAAAAGCCAAUGCAAUUCUGGGCUGCAUCAAUAGGAGUAUAGCAUCUAGAUCAAGGGAAGUAAUAGUGCCACUGUAUUCUGCUCUGGUCAGACCUCACCUGGAGUACUGUGUCCAGUUCUGGGCACCACAGUUCAAGAAGGACAUUGACAAACUGGAACGUGUCCAGAGGAGGGCAACCAUAAUGGUCAAAGGCCUGGAAACGAUGCCUUAUGAGGAACGGCUAAGAGAGCUGGGCAUGUUUAGCCUGGAGAAGAGGAGGUUAAGGGGUGAUAUGAUAGCCAUGUUCAAAUAUAUAAAAGGAUGUCACAUAGAGGAGGGAGAAAGGUUGUUUUCUGCUGCUCCAGAGAAGCGGACACGGAGCAAUGGAUCCAAACUACAAGAAAGAAGAUUCCACCUAAACAUUAGGAAGAACUUCCUGACAGUAAGAGCUGUUCGACAGUGGAAUUUGCUGCCAAGGAGUGUGGUGGAGUCUCCUUCUUUGGAGGUCUUUAAGCAGAGGCUUGACAACCAUAUGUCAGGAGUGCUCUGAUGGUGUUUCCUGCUUGGCAGGGGGUUGGACUCGAUGGCCCUUGUGGUCUCUUCCAACUCUAUGAUUCUAUGAUUCUAUGAAUUAUUUUGGCCGCUGCUGACCGCACAGGUGCACUCUAUAAUAAGAGCACUUUGGCUAUUUUUCAUAGGAAAAAAAACCUUUGGGGAGUGGUGGGGAAUUUUUGAUAGAAAAAUGGCAGGGUGGAGAACUGUUUAAAUCCUUACCUUCUCAUAACUUCCCAGUUCCAAAUCAACCUCCCAAAGAUACUUUUUACAGGGAAAAGUGGGUUUGGGCUUUUGUUGCAUUUAUUUGCAUCAGACAAAUGAAGAUUUUUAAUGAACACAGUGAAAAUACCUUCACUUGCGUAGUAGUAGAAGCUGAUUAAGUGUGUGUGCACGUGUGUUGAGUGUGGGGAGAAUCUGCAAGACUGCCUUCUCUCAAGAUUUUGAAGAAUCAGCUCAGCUACUAUUGAAAGACAGCUAACACCUGGGAGCAUGCCAAGUGGCCAUAGGUAUAAUGCAUUGUAACUCGAAGUAACACUUCGGUGCUACUGUGUGGCAUAUUGAAAUCCACCCUCUUCAUAUUAAGGCGAGCCUUUAAUAAAAACUGCACAUAAACUUAAACAAAAUUAGAUGUUUUUAGUAAGAAGUCUAUGAGAGGUUGGCAUAAACAUAACUCUUGAGUCUGGGGAGAUGACUGUGUUUUGCUUUAAUAAGCAUGCAGUGUGCUGAGUUUUACCACAAACAUUUAGAAACAAAAAGAAAAACACCCCCUUUUCAAAGGUAUUGGGCAAAAAGAUUUCUUAUCACCAUUUCUAUUCUCAGCUUCUGUUUAUUUUUACUGGUAUUACCCUCUCCUGAAUCCACAGCUAGGGCCAUCACUUUAUUGGAUUACAGCGAAUGUCAGUUUGCAUCAGCUGAAGGCUGCUUCUGAUGUUGCAUUUUAAAUGUAUACAUUACACUGGGGAAACCUGGGCUUGUCACUGAGUCAUCUGGGCUCCCUGACAAGUUCACAGGAAUGAUAUGCAUGUUUGCAAAUCUUUUUGUAAUGUGUAGGCUCUCAUGAAGAUUUUCCUAGAAAAGUUUCUACUGUCAUAAAUCCUUUGGGAUCUGACCUAGCAUGCUUUGCUUAACCUUUAUAUUUGGAAAACAAAACAAAGAAGUAUGUUAUGUUAAUUCUUAUGUUUUGCAAAAAUAUCUCAACUGUUUCUGAGAGCCAAAAGUAGUUUAUUUGAUACUUGGUUUGAGUGGGGAGAUGAGUAAUACAUGCUUUCUGUGGCCUAAAUGCUAAACCUUGUGCCCUCCAGAUGUUUAUGACUCCCAGCUCCAUUGGUCACAGGAUCCAAAACGUAUAGAGAGGACCAGGCUAAAGAACGAAAGCUGCUAUAUUCAAACAAAUCCCAUGUUUCACUUAGAAAUGAUUGUUACUCUGUGGGCAUAAAUAUAUUUGCUUCCUUGGGGACAACUACAACUUUUGACUGGUAUUUUGCCAAUUGAGGUUGCCUUAAUUUGACUGGUAUUCAUUAAGUUCCUAAUUAACUUUAUGAAACAAAUGCAUUUCUAAAUUGAAACAUUUCUGGGGUGGGUGGGAAUUAACAAUGGAAAGCUUGCCACCUCACAUCACUGUGUGCUUUUUAAAGGCUAUUUUAAACCCACUUUUCAAUCAUGUUAUUUCAUUAUUCACACUUUUUUACAUUCUCUAAAAAGCACCAACCUAAAACCGUCAACACACAGCAAGUAGUCUUAGGGCUACUACUUCAGAAAUGAACACCCACAUACUUCUGCCCUGUAACAUAAAUUCUCUGGCCCCUGGCUCUACAUUGUGUGUUUCUGCUUCCUCCAGAGCGGUAAUGAAGAAAAAGCAUGCAAUCCCAUGUAUUUUACCCUGUGCUUAUUACAUGGCAGGAAGUUUACACUUGUACCUACUUCUGUUCCUAAUGUACCUACUGUGAAAUGCCUCCUCUGACAUGUAUGUUGCUGACCACUUUGGGAAACUGCUGAACACAUAUCUGUUGUUAGUAGUGUCAUGGACUCAGUUGCAGUGGAAAUGGGUUUCUGGAAUUCUAGCUGAGAGAAAAGCAGCAAGGAAGAAGACUGGGAAAAGGAGGGUGAAUCUCCCCUCUGCCUUGUCCCCACCUAGCUGCAACUUUGUAGUGGGGAACCGGAGCCUGAGUCUUCUUUAUAUCAUGUGUAGUUUGUUAAGUGCAGUUCCUGACCUGGGUCUGCUUGAGAUGGGUGUGCUUAAAUAGCAAUCAGAAAGAGCACCAAAGAUUGUGCCAUGUUGGUUCCUCAGCCUUCAAAACAUGUCCUUUCGCACUGCCAUGCAUCCCACACCACCCACUUAAAGCUAUUGUCCUUGCUCUGGUUGUGGACAUUGAAUAUCUCUUAUGUGUGACAGUUCUUUCAAGAACCAACACCUUUUUUAACAAAGGAAUGUCUGGAAUGGCAUUUACUCUAAGUGUGUUUAAAAUUGUCUAAGAAAAGCCUUGGACGAUGACUCAGCUAUAGAAAUCGCAGCACAAUGAAUGGGUGUUAUGCAAUUCUCGGUGUUUAUGAUGGCAUCCAAAUCUGCUUUUAUAACAUAAUAAAUGGGGACCCACAACAAAACGUUGCGGUGAAUCCCAAGCCUUUAAUAUUGGUGCUCUUCUUCAGGUCUCUAAGCUGUCUGGAGCUUUAGUGCAGUUUGGAACUUGAAGAAUGUAGAAAAAGAUACAUUAGAGGUGAUCAUGUUGAGGGUAAUGGGUCUUUACAGUUUUUGAGUAAUCAAACUUCUCUGGAAGUUCACUGAGCAGGGAGGGGGUGGGGUGAGAGAAGGAAGUGUCUGCCACAACCACAACAGAAAAGAGGGCUGCUGCCUAACUUUGAGGCCAACCCCUAACAUGAAAUAAGCUGCUGAGGCUCUCAAAGAUGAAAUGCUCUGGGCUUUUUGACAUAAGUCCACCAACUGGCCAGUGCAGUCCAUUGAUAUUAUGGUUUUUGAGAGUACUGUGUGUCUGGAGACUUCUGUAGAUUGGACUUCCAGAUAGCUGUAAGCUUUUAUGUCUCCCCAGAAGAAAUUAACCCCUGUUCACUGGAUUAAAAGUUGUGAGUUCUAACACAUUAUGCUAUUAAAAGAGCAUACGAGAGUGAUUUUUGACACCAUCUCUGUGGGCACAAUUGCCAGAAAAGUUAAGCAGUGGCGAAGUCUACAGUCCUAUACCUAGUUAUUUCCUAUGAGGUAGUCCUAUUGAACUCUGUGUGUUUUGCUUCUUAGCAGAUAUGCAUGGGAUUUUGCUGUAAAUCCCAAAGCAAAGGAAAGAUACUUAGGUCAUGGCAACUAACUCAAGCCCAGGAAAGCCAUGGUUGCAUUUAGUGUAUUGCUUUGAAUGAUUUAAAAAAAAAGUUCAUUAUUAUUACAGCACCAAGUUGAAAACUGUAAGAAGUUUUUUAAUAUAAAAACUGGCUAUAAAACAUUUUGAAUCUAAUAAAUUGCUUAGAUGAAAAUGUAUUUUCCAUCAUAGCUUUGGAAACUGUCCUGUAAGCUCUCAUUUGUUUUUGUUAUUUAGUCCGUCCUUACAGAAAAGCCACUGUGUGUAAUCUGAUGAUUAGCCUCACAGUGAAUUUUAAAUUAAAAACACUAGCAGAGCAGCUCUCAUGAAAAUCUGUGGCAACCCCCAUGAGAGCAAGAGAAUGGAAAUGGGGCCAGCUCACUAACUUCACUGUGAUGAGUUUCCUGGAACUGAAAGGAGCAGGAAAAGGAAGAGGGGACUUUAUAUUGACACAAUUCAUCUCUGGUCUAUUACUGCUGCCUGUAACCGUUUACAGGGCUCUUGGACUUUAAUUGCUUCCUUGGAAAGCAGUGGCAAAACCUGCCUUACAUAUAUCAUCCUAACUGAGUAUCCAGUCAGUGAAGUUGGCUCUUGAACUGCAGCUCCAAUCUGUUGUCUUUUAUACUCCAAUCUGACAUCAUCAGCAUCAGUGACCUAACCUGAAUUCAGACAAGGUGGAGGUACUAUGUGUUGCAGGAUCUCAAGCUUGGGAAGUUGGUAGAAGCCAAUUUUGGACAGGUUUGUUCUCCCUUGGAAGGAACAGGUGCAUAGCUUGAGAGUACUCCUUGACUCCACUAUGCCCUAGUGGCUAGGAGUGCCUAUUUCCAGCUCUGGCUGGUUUGCCAGAUAUAGUCAUUCCUACACAAGGAAAGCUUGGCCACAGGGAGCUGGUAACUUCCAUGUUGGACUAUUGCAGCAUGCUCUGUGUGGGGUUGUCACUGAAGACAAGAAGCUGCAAUUAAUGCAGAAUGCAUCAGCGAGGCUUCUGGUUGAUGUGUCUGACUGAACAUGCAUUACGCCAGUCUCGAAAGAUUUGCGUUUGUUACCAGUUAACUACAGAGCCCAAUUUAAGAUAUUAACACUGAAAUAUGAAGUCCCAAAUGACUUGGGUCUCAAGUAGCUGGUGCUUGCAAGUGCUCCAAUGUCAUGCCAGCUCCAUUGGCUCUUUUAGCUUUUGGAUUAAAAGCUGCUUCUAGUCUUUUAAAGUCUUAAGUGGCUUAGGACCAGGUUGUAUUAGAGGCUGCUUGCUCUGAUACGGGCCUGUCUAGGUAUUGAGAUAAACGUUGGAGGCUUUGCUCUCAGGCCUGUCUUGGGAACCUUCUCUGUCAUGAUGCCUUGACCCAGAAAUACCACCCCAGCUGAAAUUUGGUGGGCUUCCUCUUGUUGCAUUUUGUGCCAGAAAUUGAAGAUUUUUAAAUUUCAUUGGGGUUUCUGACAUCUGGUUUUAUAGCUGCUAGUUUGAAUAUAUAACAUCUUUUACUCUUGGCUUCCAGUGGCAUUUAAUUUAACUUUGUUUUAAAGUGUUCACAUUUUGCUAUUGCUUUUAGAAAUCGUUUGCCUGCAUUUUUAUUGAUGAUGAUGAUGAUGUCUAAAUUCAAUCAGGAAUAAAAUGCUUGUUCCACAGGGCAACCUUGUAUCAGGAUGAUUAUGUAUUGAGAUUAACCAGGAGGAUUUUUACAUGACCUUUUAUUCAGCUGCUGAUUGUCGAGGCUUUCUCUGGCUCCCAUAACAGAACUGAAUGUAUCCUGUCGGAUAUCAGAUGGAAAAUAAUAGGGUGCACAUAGCAUUGUUUUUCUUCUACCACCCCUGUAGCCCUCUGUCUCCCAGCAGAUACUCCCAAAGGUCUAUACAUUUCUUUCAUUUAGAUCGCUGGCAUAAUUGUUACCAUAUUCAUAUCCUAUGUUUUCUCACACUGAAGGAUCACUUGCUAUUUGGGGAGUGUCUGGCUGUUGUGGGUCCUAAGAUCUUACGCUGCCUGAAAGGCAGGGGGAAGAGGGUUGGGAAAAAGGGGCUUCUGUUUUGGUGACCCCCCCUUUUUUUUGAGGGGACACUAUUUGGCUCCUUCAGCUUCAGUGUAGCAAUAUUAGGCUCCUUCAAUGGCCAUUUGAAAGGAAGACACUGCAGCAGCCACAUGUGACCUUCUCCUUCUCAGGGGUGGACUUUGGUCAUCUUUACCUCAGCAAAGCAAAAAUUGCCCCCCUCCCCAUGGAUCUUCUUAAUUAUGGAUCUUGGCACCCUCUGUGGGGGAACCGCCCGCACCACCCUAAAUCCAACAGGGGAAGAGUUAUGAUUUCACAGAUUUUUCAUUUAGUAUUUUAUGCUGUUGCUGUUUUGGGGAAGGUUUGUACUUGCCAAAAUGUCACAUUUCACUGCCAAAAAGUAAGGACCCCCAAGGUGAGAGUUCUAUCCUGGUAGAGCCCAUGCCAAUUUGCAUGGUUCCUGGUUCCAAGCCCUGCUUGGAAACACCCAGGAUUGAAAGACUCUGAUCUAAAAUCCUUAAGAACCAUUAGCAGCCUUCCCUAACCUGGUCAGAUGUUCUGGAGUACAACUCACAUCAGCCCCAGCCAGCAUGGGAUUUGUAGCCAAAAAACAUCUGGUAGGGAAAACGUCUGGAAGGGACUAGGUUGAGGAAUGUUAGUUAGGACAAUACUGAGUUGCCAUUGGUCUAACUCUGUAUAAGGCAGUUAUACUAUGUUGCAGUUUCCGGCAUGGUGAAGAGCCACACCCUUCAUUUUCACAUCAUUCCCUCUUACUAGAAUAAAGUUUUUUCAUGUUCUUGGUAGAAACAGCUGAGCAAAAAAACCCCCAAAACCAAAAAUUUUGGUCGCAAAUGUUUUUAUGCUUCAUGUCAGAGAAGCAUACCUUGUCUGGUGGUGUAGCAAUAAAACUAAUAGCUAUGUGCUAAGCAGGGUGCAGUGUGGUUUCAAAUGGGAUGGUGGACCAAUUUGAUAGUGUUGAGAUUCCUGCAUUGCAGGGGGUUGGACUAGAUGACCCUUGGGGUCCCUUCCAACUCUACAGUUCUAUGAUUCUAUGGCAAAAAUGAAUGUGUAUCAUCUUUCUUUUUGCCCUUUUACAGUGUGAGGGGCCAGAGUGAGAGUGAACAUGGCGCUGGCUUCCUGGUUUGGGUGGAAUGAACCCCCCAGUCGCAUUUCUCAGAGGAGCCCAACAGAAAUGGUGGUGGAAACUCUUAUGAUGGAACUCAGCUGGCAGAUCAAGGAAGCUGAGAAGCAGCAUAGGGAACGAGAGAACGAGUACCGCAAGAUAAAGACAGGUGUUGACUAUGGGUGGCUAGUUAGCUACCCCAAGCACAGCUACGAUAUCAGUCCAGGGGAGCGUCUGCAGCUGGAGGACAUGUGCUCCAAAAUACAUCCCUCCUACUGUGGGCCCGUCAUUAUUAGGUAAGCUGAAGUCUUCUGUCAACCUUCUCUGGCUAUGGCUGUACGCUCACCAACAGAAAUGGAAAAUAUGCUGGUUUUCCCACCUUCCACAGUUUGUAAAGUUUCUCAGAAGCAUCAUAAUGCUGUUGCUGUGGGUUAAGAGACUGAAGAUCUCAGUUAAGUGAUGCUUGAAAGGGAGUGUCUUGAGCUUUGCUGAAAAUAUUGGUUCUCACUUUCUCUUAAAAUCCAGUUUCACAUCCUUACGGCUAUGCAGAUGAAACUCAAAGUGUACUGGCAAUACUUGGUGAAAGAUAGCAUAGACACUUGCUUCUUUGUUUGAGUAACUGAACUGGAAUAAAUAAGGCAGAAUCCCGGUAAUCUGUCUUUUACAAACAUGGGCGAACAGUACAGAAGCAAUGCAAAUGACCUAACAUUGAUUAUGUUUGUGUGAAUGCAGCAUACAGCCUGGGUGUCUUGAGCUAUUUUGAGAGCCUUCAUGUGAAUAACUUGAAAGAAGUGCAUAAUAAAUCUUUUCCAAAAUCUGUAUUAGGAAUAUAGCUUUUAUUAGGCCAUCUUGCAAGCUCUCCAGAAAUUUGCAUCGGAUGGUAACCAAAGCAAAGUGAAGCAAAAAAUAAAAUAAAAUAAAAUAAAAAAUUGGUGGUAAAGUCAUCAAUAUUUGUAAUGGAUGUAGUAAACCCUUUAGAGGUGAUUCUAGUUCUUCAUCUCUCCUGCAAAAAACAUGCAUCUACCAUAUCUGUUCAUCUGAAUACCUCAUUAUUUAAAUGGCAAAAAUUUGAUUGGAUUAAUAGCUGUCUAUUAUCCACUUGAUGAAUCGAAUAUAUUCCAAUUUUGGAAAAGGGAUCUUAUUCUUAAGGGGAUUUUUGUUGUUGUAACUAUAGAUUAAAAGAGCAAAUAUUUGUGCUUUAGGAUUUAUACCCCAGGUUAUGAAUUAGUUUUUUGGCUUCUUUCCUCCCCAUAGGUUUCGGCAGCUUGUUUCUGAAUACGAACCGGAGGUCUCUGAAGUUUCUCGGCUUUUUCGUUCCGUUCUCCAAGAAGCCAUGGAGAAGAGCAAAGAGGAGGAAGAGGCAAAGAAGCUUGCAAGGCAGUGGAACACAAAGCACAAAACCAGCCUCUCUCUCAUGACAUUCAAGUCCCGGGCCAGGAUUCUGCCCUUCAGUAGUGACAUCAAGACCAUUUCGGAAGAUGUUGAGAGGGGCACCGAUCCAGCCAGAAGGGCAUGGAGCAUGCCUGAAUUCAGGAGCACCAAGGACUACUGACUCUAUUUAUAACACUCAGAUUUUGGGAACAGACCAUCUUAUUUAUGUAUUUACUUAUUUAUUCAUUUUUGUGUGACUUUUUCCUAUGUCCUGUUGUCCCUUCUUUCUUUGUUCUGUGGAGAGUUCACAUUGAUUGCUUCUUAGGCUUCUUUUAACCCAUGUAUCUCUCUGUGUGUUCCUGUUUUCAUAUGGACUGGUCUCUUAAUAUAAACAGCCAGCUUGGUGCACUAUGGGAUGUGUGACAAACGCCAAACCACUCAACCUAUUUUGCUUUAAACCGAAAAAGAAGCCCAGAAAGUAGUUGUGAGAAUCAGCCCUGUGUUUCUGUUUUACCCUCUUUUAUAAACAUCUCUCUUUCUUUUUCUCUCCUGAUGCCCACAGUACUGCAACUGAUGUACAUACUCUCUGGACCACAUGCCAUAUCAACCCCAGCCAAACACUGAGCAGAAUAUCAAAGGGUCCACAAACACAAUUGCCAUGCAGCAGGUAGUCAGCACAAAAUAGGAUAGAAGGGGAUUUCUGACAAAAACUGGAGUGGAAAUGGCUGGUGUUCGCUUAUCAGUCCAGUGAAUAUGAUUAGUAUUUACUAUUGCUGUUGCUUUUGGCCCACAAAUGUAAUUGAUUACCCCCCGCCCCCAAUUUGUAUUGUGCUUCUUUUACAUUGAAAUGAAUGGGGUGGAAUUAUGUAAUGAGAACAUAAUUUGCAUCCUUAUGUAUGUAAGUCCUUCUGCCACAAUGGACAGUGAGACAAAGUAACAUAGCUUUUGGUGGAAUACGAAUUGCAGUGGAAUGGGAAGCUAAGCCUGACUGGCUGUGACCAAGACCAGCCAAUAUCAAGGUGAUCCCUAAGCAUGUUAUUACUCGUUUGGAGCGCUGUCCCCCUCAGAAAGCUGUCAUUGCACAAUCCUAACCAGGCAUAUGCCCCAUCUUAUAACUGGCUACUUCUGUGUAGACAUGAAAAAUGUUCUUGGGGUGGGGAGUGUGGAGGGAUUAAGAUACCCAUGCAGACACUUCAGUGCUGUUGAUCAUGAGGCUGUACUAUGGAGGGCUUGUGCAAGUGUCUCUGUUUCUUGUUGCCGGUAGCUCUUUAAAGCUAGAAAGAGCUACUGGCUGUUAUGCUAGAAGGAGAAGCCCUUUGAUGUGCUGUUUCCAUGGUGCAGCUCUAAAGCAGCUGCUGUCACAUUUCAAAUCAGAAUUGGAAAUGUAUUUGAGCUUGUGUAGGAGAACUUUUCAGCUGGGUGGUGUUUUUCUUCUCCAUGAGAAGGAAAUGAGCUUAUAUUUUCUGAAUGUUAGACACUGUUAUGCAUGAAAUAUGCCCAGUCUGUCUACCUCUGGAUGACAAAUUGCAACCCUGGCAAGAAAGGGCUGGAAUUAUUUUCGAGUAGCUUAAGAUAAAUCCAGAGGAUAACUUUUAAAGAUAGGUCCUUAGCUUAUAGCAACAUAUUUGCUUGGGCCUAACUAAUUAUCUGUACACAAGGCACAAUCCAGACAAAGUUGAAUUCUUUUCAGUUUAUUUAGUUUAAUGAAGAAAUACUUGGAAGCAGGUAAAAAAUUUCUAUUAGUAUGGCAUGAACCAGCCAGUCAUUCUAUCUUAUGUAAAUGGUACAAUAGGUUAAUUGACUAACAAAGCUGUUUAUUUGGUUGUGUUCCACUGGAAACUAAGACUAUUGACUCUUGAUAUCUGAGCUAGCUGGUUUCUGAGUUGUGAUUGCUUUCAGGCAACUCUUGUUAAGUGAAUGGGGUACUUAAAGGUUCAGAGGGCUUUGUGUUUCAUACCGUAUGCCACUGCCACCUGGACCCUUUUAUUUUUGCUAAGAUUUCUCCUGGAGUGAUUUUGCUAGCUUUUGGGAUCUAUCUAUCUAUCUAUCUAUCUAUCAUCUACACACCCACAGACCCACGCAAGAUGGGACAAUGUGGAUGCACUGUACUAAAGAAUUCACUCUCUCUCAUACACACAAACUUUCCCUAAGACACCAGCAAACUGCAUUAUUUUAAUAUGAAGCAAACUCAGGGUUUCCAAAUGCCAGAUCCAGUUUGAGCUGGACCAUUUAAACUCAGUAGCAGAGAAAGAGACCCAAAAUAUUUUGACAAUUGUACAACUGCUAUGCCACUUUCUACACCUAUGAAUAUUUAUUUGUUUAUGGAAUUUGUAUACUGCUUUUCCUAUGUGAAAAAGAAACUAUGUUUUAAAAAAUACUAAUGUAAGGGCUAAUGGGAUUAGCUCUGUUCCUCCCUGCUUGUGUUCUCCAUAGCCCACAAAAGUGCUUAGCACCCUAGGAUAGUUGGGGAGAUAGUGCCCCAAAUGAAUGAUCUUAGGCUAUGGUGAUCUAUAUUUGAUAGAGCAUUUUUAAAAACUUGUGUGUUCUCAUGUGGUAUCUGUCCUUUCUACUGUAUAUGUACAUGUUUUUCUUUGUCUUAGGGCCUCGUUCAUAAGGGAAAUUGACAAAAAAGUAUAAAAGCCAUUUUCUAACAUUGCCAUUUGACCAACUUUUGUAUCAACAAGUGAACAAUUCUUUGCUGUGUUAAAUUCUGAAAUACAUUCUUUAAUUUUAGCUGUCCCAUUGUCCUGUGAUUUUUAUAUCCAGUGUUCUACUUAUUAGGAACUUCAAAAUUAUUGCUGCCAUUGUGCAAUCUGAGUGCUCCUUAAGAUGGCUUUCCCCCCUAAUUUAAUUUCUUUUUAGUACAAUGUAUUUUCAUUUAUGUCAGAAUUUCUAAAUCUCUACAAUGAAGGAAUACCCUAGUAGCUUAAGUGCCCAAGACCUGAGCAGUUACUCUCAG